AUGCCACAGCUGAGCUUAUUCUGGCUGGGCCUGGGGCCGGUGGCAGCCUCCCCAUGGCUGCUGCUGUUGCUGGUCGGGGCCUCCUGGCUGUUGGCCCGCAUCCUGGCCUGGACCUACACCUUCUAUGACAACUGCCGCCGCCUCUACUGUUUCCCACAGCCUCCCAUGCGGAGCUGGUUUUGGGGUCACCUGGGCCUGAUCCCCCCCACGGAGGAGGGCAUGAGGGACCUGACUCACCUGGUGGCCACCUACCCCUGGGGCUUUAAGAGGUGGAUGGGUCCCAUCGUCCCCAUCAUCACUUUGUACCACCCUGACUUCGUCCGGUCUGUCCUCAAUGCUUCAGCCGCCAUUGCAUCCAAGGAUGUGAUCUUCAGUAGCUUCCUGAAGCCCUGGCUGGGGGAUGGGCUCCUGCUGAGUGGUGGUGACAAAUGGAGCCAUCACCGUCGCAUGCUGACACCUGCCUUCCAUUUCAACAUCCUGAAGCCCUAUGUGAAAGUUUUCAAUGAGAGUGCAAACUUCAUGCAUGACAAGUGGCAGCGUCUGGCCUCGGAAGACAGUAUCUAUCUGGACAUGUUUGAGCAUGUCAGCCUCAUGACCUUGGACAGUCUUCAGAAAUGUGUCUUCGGCUUCAACAGCAAUUGUCAGGAGAAUCCCAGUGAAUAUAUUGCUGCCAUCUUGGAGCUCAGUGCCCUUGUAAUGAAACGAAAUCGGCAGAUCUUCCUUUAUACAGAUUUCCUGUACUACCUCACUCCUGAUGGAAAGCGCUUCCGCAGGGAUUGUGACCUGGUGCACGAGUUCACAGAUGCUGUAAUCCAGGAAAGGCGCCGUACCCUUGAGAGCCAGGGUAUUGAUGAUUUCCUCAAAGCCAAAGCCAAGUCCAAGACUUUGGACUUCAUUGAUGUGUUACUACUGGCCAAGGAUGAAAAUGGGAAGGAGUUGUCAGACAAGGAUAUACGAGCAGAGGCUGAUACCUUCAUGUUUGCAGGCCAUGACACAACAGCCAGUGCUCUCUCCUGGGUCCUGUACCACCUCGCAAGGCACUCAGAAUACCAGGAGCGCUGCCGGGAGGAGGUGCAAGUGCUCUUAAGAGAUCGGGAGCCUAAAGAGAUUGAAUGGGAGGACCUAGCCCAGCUGCCCUUCCUGACCAUGUGCAUCAAAGAGAGUUUGCGGCUGCAUCCCCCAGUCACUGUCAUGUCCCGCUGCUGUAACCAGGACAUUGUGCUCCCAGAUGGCAGAGUCAUCCCCAAAGGGAACAUCUGUGUCAUCAGCAUCUUUGGGAUUCAUCACAACCCGUCAGUCUGGUCGGAUCCCGAGGUCUAUGACCCCUCCCGUUUCGACCCGGAAAACCUUCAGACCAGGUCACCUCUGGCUUUUAUUCCCUUCUCGGCGGGGCCCAGGAACUGCAUCGGGCAGACCUUUGCCAUGGCCGAGAUGAAGGUGGUCCUGGCGCUCACGCUGCUGCGCUUCCGCGUCCUGUGUGACAACACAGAGCCGCGCAGGAAGCCGGAGCUGGUCAUGCGCACGGAGGACGGCCUUUGGCUGCGGGUGGAGCCGCUGAGCGCGGGCCAGUAGUGAUUCACUGCUGCCUGUCUUUAGACCCACUCGGAACCCAGCCAUCCACCUACCUUUUCAGGUUCUUAAGAAUAAAACUGUCACCUCUGCUUGAGCCUCACCCAGAGCCAGCGGGGGGCGCUCAAGGACUGUAGGAGUACGCGGGGUGAGAACGGCUGGGUGGAGGCGAUGUGAUGUACAUCCAUGUGCCCAAGAACCUGCCUGCCUCUCUGGCUGGCCACAGGGUCCCUACGCUGAUGGCAGGUUGUCCCAAAGCCCAA